AGUGAGAAUCACCACUCACCAGCAACGACCCAUAGAAAAGCCCCCAAAUUAAUCAAUCAACCAUGGUUUGCUUCACAUUACAAAUUUCAGUUGUUUUGCUACUUUUGCUAUAUGCAAUGACAUUCCACAAAGGCAUUUGUAGCACAAGUUGCAAUGCAAAGGAUCAAUCUGCACUGCUAAUCUUCAAACGCGGUGUGGUAGACCGUUCCAACAUGCUCUCCUCUUGGUCCAAUGAAGAAGAUUGUUGUGCAUGGAAAGGAGUCCAAUGUGAUAACAUGACAGGCAGAGUUACAAGGCUUGAUCUGAACCAAGAAAACCUGGAAGGUCUAAGUCUUCCAAGCACCCUCAACCAAUCACUAGUCACACCCUCCGAUACACAUGCUAACUUCUCUAGCCUCAAGUAUCUAGACUUGUCCUUUAAUGAAGAUCUUCAUUUGGAUAAUCUUCAAUGGCUUUCUCAACUUUCUUCAUUGAAAUACCUCAAUCUCAGUUUAAUUAGUCUUGAAAAUGAAACAAACUGGCUUCAAACUAUGGCCAUGCAUCCUUCUCUUUUGGAGUUGAGAUUGGCAAGUUGUCAUCUAAAAAAUAUCAGCCCUUCUGUCAAGUUUGUGAAUUUUACUUCACUUGUGACUCUUGACCUGUCUGGGAACUAUUUUGACUCUGAAUUACCUUAUUGGAUUUUUAAUCUUAGCAAUGACAUCUCCCAUAUUGACCUUAGCUUCAAUACUAUUCAGGGUCAAAUACCCAAGAGUUUGUUAAAUCUUCAAAAUCUUAAAUAUUUAGGAUUGGAUAACAAUGAAUUUACUGGACCUAUUCCAGAUUGGUUGGGGGAACAUCAACAUCUGCAGCAUCUUGGUCUGAUUGAGAACAUGUUUUCCGGUUCCAUUCCUUCAAGUCUAGGAAAUCUCACAUCCUUGAACCAAUUAACUGUUAGCUCCGAUUUGUUGAGUGGUAAUCUUCCAAACACCAUUGGUCAACUCUUUAACUUGAGGAGACUAUACAUUGGAGGUUCCUUGUCUGGUGUUCUAUCUGAAAAGCAUUUUUCCAAACUCUUCAAUUUAGAAGCACUUGCCUUGAAUUCAAAUUUUGCAUUUGAUUUGGAUCCCAACUGGAUUCCUCCUUUUCAGCUUCAUCAAAUUAGCUUGAGAAAUACAACUCUAGGUCCUACAAUUCCAGAAUGGCUAUACACACAGAGGACACUAGAUAUUCUAGAUAUUUCUUACUCCGGAAUUUCAUCCAUAAAUGCAGACAGGUUUUGGAGCUUUGUAUCCAAUAUUGGAGCAAUUCUCUUGUCCCACAAUGCAAUUAGUGCUGACUUAACAAAUGUCACUCUAAAUUCUGGUUACAUAUUUAUGUCUCACAAUAAUUUCACAGGAGGGAUCCCACGUAUAUCAACAAAUGUCUCCAUCUUUGAUAUAUCUAGCAAUUCCUUGUCUGGACCAAUUUCCCCUUUAUUGUGUCCUAAAUUGGGUAGGGAAAAAAGUUUGUUGAGUUACAUGGAUUUAUCAUAUAAUCUUUUGACUGGAGUAGUUCCUGAUUGUUGGGAGAAUUGGAGAGGUUUACUUUUCCUUUUCCUAAACAGCAAUAAGCUAGGUGGUGAAAUCCCCCCAUCAAUGGGUUUGUUAGAUGGACUCAUUGAAAUGGAUCUGCAGAAGAACAACUUGUUUGGUAAGUUUUCACUAGACAUGUCAAACUUUACAUCAUUGGUAUUCAUCAAUCUUGGAGAGAAUAAUUUUUCUGGAGUUCUACCAACAAAGAUGCCAAAGAGCAUGCAAGUGAUGAUAUUGAGGUCCAACCAAUUUGCUGGCAAGAUUCCACCAGAAACAUGCAGUCUCCCUUCUCUAUCACAACUUGAUCUUUCGCAAAACAAACUUUCUGGAUCUAUUCCUCCUUGUGUCUACAACAUUACUCGGAUGGAUGGUGCAAGAGCUGCGAGUCAUUUUCAGUUCAGCCUCGAUUUGUUUUGGAAAGGUCGAGAGUUGCGGUAUGAAGACACUGGACUGUUGAAAAAUCUUGACUUUUCAACAAACAACCUGUCCGGAGAAAUCCCGCCUGAACUUUUUAGCCUCACUGAACUGUUGUUCUUGAACUUGUCUAGAAAUAAUUUAAUGGGAAAGAUACCAAGCAAGAUUGGUGGCAUGAAAAAUUUGGAGUCCCUUGAUCUCUCCAACAAUCAUCUUUCAGGGGAAAUUCCUGCAGCCAUCUCUAAUCUUUCUUUCCUAAGUUUUCUCAACCUGUCAUACAAUGAUUUCACUGGACAAAUACCAUUAGGGACUCAGCUUCAGAGUUUUGAGGCAUGGAGCUAUGCUGGGAAUCCCAAACUUUGUGGACUUCCCUUAACAAAGAAUUGCUCUAAGGAAGAAAAUUAUGACAAGGCAAAGCAAGGAGAAGCAAACGAGUCUCAAAAUACGUCACUCUAUCUUGGAAUGGGAGUUGGCUUUGUUGUCGGCUUAUGGGGACUUUGGGGUUCUUUGUUCCUCAAUAGAGCAUGGAGACACAAGUAUUUUCGGUUGCUGGAUCGUAUUCUAGACUGGAUUUAUGUGUUUGUAGCUCUCAAGAUAAAUAAGUUUGGUGAAUUAAGGGCAAGUUCUAGAUGAAGUAAAAGACUGUUUGGAUGAGCAUUUUAGAAAGUAUUCUAGACUGGAUUUAUGUGUUUGUAGCUCUCAAGAUAAAUAAGUUUGGUGGAUUAAGGGCAAGUUCUAGAUGAAGUAAAAGACUGUUUGGAUGAGCAUUUUAGAAAGUACUAAUUAAAAUAAGAGAAGAGCUUCUUGGAAAAGUGGUAAUGUCAGAAGCAACUUUUGAAUAACUCAUUUUGUGUUUUGGAUGCUGAUCUAGUCAUCUACUUAUGUGCUUAUUUAAAUGAUAAGUGAUUUUCGUCAUUUAAUUGUAAA